UUCACCUCAAAAUAAUUCUUGAUUUAGCUAUAUAGAUGCUUGUAAAAGAAAACGGUUAAUUUUUUUUAGACCACAAUUGAACCUGAUUGUAUUUCACGCUGCAGGAACUAUAUUAGGCCUGUCGAGAUUUCUGAUAAAACAAUUCUGAAUUUGUAAAUUCUGUGGUUUCUUAUAACCGCUCUUACUAGCAAACAUCGACGGAUAUAACGAUCUAAUGAUAGAUAGAAGCGAUGUUACAGAAAGGCGUAAAUGUAUUACUGUUGGUCUGUAUAUUCGCAUUAGAAGGGAUUGCAUCAACAAUUUACAAAAUUCGACCGAACCGUGGCAGUUUUAGAGGAGCAACUCGAAUAACUAUAUCUGGAAAUGAUUUUAGUCCAAAUCAAUUCAAUUUUGGUGACGGAAAUGAAAAUAAUGGAAACCGAGUUUAUUUUCGAUCAGCAACUGCCACUGUAGAAUGUGACGUCAUUACAUACUGGACUACAGAAAGCACUAUCUAUUGUGACACACGAGCGGCGAGUCCAGGACAGUACUCAAUUUACCUCACAGUCGAUGGUCAGGAAGUUGGUAGUUACUGUAGUAAAUAUAAAAAUUGUAAUUUUAUGUACGAGAGCAAAAGGACACCAAAAAUUAGAAGUAUUUCGCCAAGAGCGGGAACGCCAGAUACAUUGCUAAAAUUCUAUGGGUUCAUCGUCUCAGACAUUGUUACACCGAGUCAAACUCAGUUCGAUGAUUAUAAAGAUUCGAGCACUGCAGUAGAAAUUCAAAGAGUUUACAUGGGGUCCAGUAUUUGUGACCCUAUUGACCAAGAAACAGGCACUGUAUAUGGUAUUGACAAGAACUCUAAUGGCUGGGGAACCAUAACAUGCAAACCAAACAGCACUGUUGCUGAUUCCAAAAAUAUUACGUUCCUGGUUUCAUCUGAAUAUGGGCGCUCGUACACGGAACUAGGCGCUUACUCUGUCAGUUUUGGAGGAGAGCUUUACUUAUUCCAAGUUCACGCCGAGAUUAGGGAAGUAACCCCUGGAUACGGCAGUAUAAAGGGGGGUACAUUGAUAAAAAUUAGAGGCGAGUAUUUUGGGACUUCGGCUGAGAACGUUGAUGUAGAUGUUGGUGGUGUCGACUGUCAAAUUUUCAAUGUGCAAGACAAUUUAAUCGAGUGUAUAACUGCAGCAAGGUCUAGUAAUCGAACACUUUUUCCUGGCAACCGGGGCAUAUAUCGAGAAGUAUGGCGUGACACAAACGUCAAUAAUUAUUUUUCCGAUGCUAUUUGGAACACCUCUGCCCCUGAUUACUUCAUCGAGCUUCGUGACGAGUUCAAAUCUCCAAAUGAGCCAUCAUUUGGAGAGACUGAUUACUACUCCUCCCGUUACCGGGGUUAUUUUGUGGCACCAUAUGACGGACAAUUCCGGUUUUUAAUUUAUAGUGAUGACCAAUCAGAGCUUUACUUCAGCAUGACACAGAACCCAGAAAAUAAGGUUAAAAUUGCAUUUAAUUCUUGGGCAACCAAUAACUUUUACACACGAUGGAAUGAACAGGUGUCCGAACUGCUGACACUUGUUGGCGGAGAUCAUUACUACUUAGAAGCUUACCACCGAGAAGGCUAUGGAGCCGACUAUUUGAACGUGGGGCUGAUGAUGUACGACUUGCCCAUCAGUAACGCCGAAUACAAUGAUGCAAUAAAUGAAGUUCAAACUAUAUCUAUCACUUCAACCAAGAACAAUGAAAUACAGAUUUUAAGUCUAGAUGGAAGUUAUGGCGAAGUACAGACGAUAGAACUCUUCUAUCCAAACUGCUCUUUGAUUGACCUGUGUGAUUAUCUAAAUUGUUCUUCUUCUAACAAUACGACAGUGAUUGACACUUAUUACAUAUGUAUGGAGUUAAAUUGUUCUGUGCCAAAAAAUAGAGACGUAUGUAAUCAGCUGAACUGUACAGUUUCUGAAAAUGGGACCAUUGAGAAUAGGUUUGUAAGUUGCGAUCAAAUAAACUGUUCCGUGUCGUAUGAUGAAAAUAGGUUUACAGAAUUUAUAUCAUGCGGCGAACUUGAAGGUACAUUUAACCUCACAUUUAGUGAUGAAUCAACAGGAAAACUGUUUGCAAAUGCUACAGCUGUUGAAGUUCAGGAUGCUCUGAACAACUUGCCUAGCAUCGUUAGCACACCUGUGUUUGUAAAUGAAUCAUCCACUUCGACUGCAAAAGUGUUUGAGAUUUACUUCCCACCUAUUGCAGGUGAUGUUGAACAGGUGAUGUGUUUUUCGGAGGAUUUUCAAGUCAAUAGCUCCACUAUUGACUUAGAAAAGACGCCAACAAUUGAUACGUUUGUUUUAAUUUUGGAUGAUGUUGAAAGCACUGCCUUAUCGAGUUCGUCGUCAGCUAAGGAUAUUGAAGAUGCAUUAGUGGAGGUGUUCAGUGUUCAAUGUCAAAUGUCAGGUCCAACUGGUGACUAUACAAAUGACUACGAGGGAGAGUUAAUAGGCUAUGAAUCUGGAGUACGUGUAUUAGACGUUGAACCAUUCUGUGGACGAUUUUCUCUGAAAAACCCAAAAGAUAUUUAUAGAUCAGGAGAAACAAAGUCAUCAGAUGGAGUGACUCUUGGCGCAUUUGAUGCUAAAUCAAAUGGGAAGGUUUGUUUAUCUUAUCGUGGAGCCCUUUCCAAAAGCGUAGUGUUCACUAUUCAAUGGACGCAUCAAGAGGAAGGUGAUUUGACCAGCGAACGCGUUUACCAGAUUAAUGAAUUGCGCGACACCAACAGCUGGCGUUAUACUUGCUUUGACAUCAACAACUACAUACUUGGAGACGAUGAACUACUCUAUAAUAGUCGUCCAGGAUCAUCUUGGAAUGUUAAAAUCAUUAGGUUGUCCAACACUGGUGGUGAUUUCUACAUUGACAAUUUGAAUAUCGGUGCCAGCAUUAUACGUUAUAUACCCACUCGCACGGCUGCUCGACCGAAUAAUAUAUUUGUUACCGAAGUGUCAGUUGCCAAAAACGAGGAAGAUAACAGCUUUAAUAUCACACUUCUUGCGGCAAAUUGUGCCUACGGCUUUCCUCUUCUCAUAGUUAAAGAUGCGAACAUCACAAGCGGAUCGACUGGUAAAGAGAGUGACUAUGUUAGGUACAGUAGCCAGGAUUGGGAUGAGGGUACCACUAUAGCUAUUGGUAGAUUCACAGCAGCCUCAAAGCCUGUUUCUGGAAGUUUCAUUAUGGAAUGGAAAGGCAAAGCUGCUGUGGCACAAGUGACUUGUUCAGCUCAGCAGAUGAAAGAACUACUUGAGGGAUAUUUAAACACAGGCUUAGUGACUGUUGAAAAAGCAUCGACAUGCUCAUCUGCAAGUUGGAACAUCGAAUGGGCUGAAAUCGGUGGAAACCAUCCACUUAUAGAGGUUAACGGCACUAACUUAGAAGGAGAUGAUGUAGCUGUAAGAGGCUCGACAGACGUUGACGGGGCACUUCUACUUGCUCCAAUUCCCGGUGACUAUUUGAGAACUCCACACACACUGCCACAGGUUGCAGUCACUAUUAAUGGUGUAAUUUCAAGUUGUGGAGAUGGUAACUGUACAUUUGCCUAUAGUUCGGAAUACACUCCUCUAAUCACAAACGUAGAUACCCACACAGGUUCUGAAGCAGAGAAGACAACAAUUACAAUUACUGGUACCGGGUUCAGCUCCGUUGCGACUGAUAAUAUUGUUGAGAUUGGCGAUAUUGGUUGUAAGGUUGUAACUUGUACUGACACAAAGAUAGUAUGCAUUGUUCAAAAUGGAAAAGCUGGUGCUUAUGACAUCAAAGUGAAUGUUAUACCGUUUGGAUAUGCAGCAACUUAUGAUAGUAAACUAUUUCUUUACUUUAUAUUCAUACCAAACACUUCGUUUACUGGUGGAGAUACGCUUCUUGUAACAGGAACCAGUCUUGGUACCAAAAAGCCAACAGUCACCAUUAAUAAGAAAGAGUGUUCUUUAACAACUUUCAAUGAAACCAGCAUUAAAUGCAUCGUACCUGAAAACAAGCCAGGAACUUAUGACGUCAUGGUAUCAGUUCCAGGAAAAGGAUAUGCAAAAGUUGGAGUUCAAACUAAAUUUUCGUAUAUCCUGGUAAUUGACGAUGUCUUUCCUGAUCAUGGGUCCUUACAAGGUGGUACUAAAGUAUAUGUUACGGGAUCAGGAUUUGGCACCAAUAUGUCGUUGGUAGAAGUACUCUUUGGUCACGUGCCAUGCAAGGUCUCAGAUGUCACAGAUGACCAAAUUAUGUGCAUCUCUGGGAGUUCAGGUGUUGUGCAUGAGGUUACCAAUCAAGGCAAACAUGAAGAUUAUGGCGUUGGUUACAAGUGGGAUCCACAGGUGCUAGAUAUAAUUGCGGGUGAUACAGUUAUGUGGCAGUGGUCAACACCAGCUUUAGUAGAGUCAGUUGGGUUUACGGUCCAACAAACGGCUGAUGCAGAUUCUGUUGAAUAUGAUGGUCAUGGAUUCUAUGCAGGGCCCCGCUCAAAAAGUGGUAAAUAUUUAUACAAGUUUAACAAUGAAGGAUAUUAUUACUAUUCAAGUGGUCCAGUUAAUUCAGAUGUUUCUGAUGACAACAAAUUCUACCUCACUGGUGUUAUUCGUGUUCUGCCAUAUAGAUCGAUUGCUUACCCGGCUUCCGUGACAUUAAACGGCAUUGCUGCUGAACAUGAAUUCAAUGCCCAGGCCACUGCCCCGACCGACAGCAGUGGAUGUCCUGGGGGAGAUGACACUAUCUCCAUUUGUUUCUCUCCAAAGCCAACAAUUGAUGACAAGUCGAAGUUUUUCUUUUCAUUCUGGGAUUGCAGUACAGCGAUUAUUGAGAAAAUCGAACCAUUGAUUGGCUCUGCAGAACAAACUAUUACUAUAACAGGAUCUGGGUUUAGCGAUCGUAAUUGCGAAAAUGAAGUUCAGAUUGGAUAUCACCACUCUUGCAGCGUGAUAUUUAGUAACGAUUCUGUUAUAAAAUGCAGUAUUGAAACUGAAAGUUCGCUUCAGGUUGGCUACUAUCAAGAGAUAAGUUUAAAUGUAAAGAACAAAGGCUUUGCCCAUAAUUCACUUGAUACGCCCGCAACUAAAAGUUACAUUCUUGUCCCAAGCAUAUGGUCUGUUGAUCCACGUGAAGGUUCCUUAGCUGGAGGAACACGCUUGACUAUUAACGGCAAUGGAUUUUCUGCUGGUUCUGUUAAUGAAAUGAGUGUGUCACUUGGACCAGAGUCGUGUCUCAUUGAAUAUUUCAACUAUACACAGAUUAUUUGUUCAACCACGCCCCAUGAUGUUACUGGUCAUGUCUUUGACGUAGUUGUAGAGAUAAACCACCAGUCAUCCAUCAACAUUGACAAUCAGCAAUUCAAUUUCACUUACCAACAGUAUUUGACGAUGGAAGUUCAUGAUAUCUAUCCAGACACAAUCAGUGGUCCUUCGACAACGGUGUAUAUCAAUGGAUCUAAUUUUGGUAGUGAAGUCAAAGAUGUCACUGUAACAUUCGGAACUGUUAAUUGUGCUGUGUCUUCAGUUAUAGAUGAUUGGAUUGAAUGUGAUGUUGCCUAUGUUCCGGCAGGCGACUUAGCAAUUCUUAUUCACCGAAACAGGUACGGAAAUGCACGUUUGAUCAAUGGCGAGUUUGUCUGGGGAGAAGAGGUUAUAUAUAGCAUCAACCCAAAUGAAGGAAGUACGAAAGGUGGUACUGUCAUCACGAUUGAUGGUAGUGGGUUUCACAACGAUGAUACAUCAGUAGAAAUUGAUGGUGAUGUGUGCAGAAUCAUAUUUGUUAACAUUUCUACAGUAACGUGCAUCACAGAAUCACAUUCCGCCAGUGAUGUAUACCUUGUUGUGACCACAAAUAGUCUGGAUUUCCCCGAUCAGUCUUUUGGAUUUUCUGCUGCAACCACUCCAACAAUAUCCUCAGUGUAUCCAUUAUCGGGUAAUGCAGGUGAUACUGUGACUAUUACUGGGACUCAUUUUGGAUCCUCAACCGCUGACGUCGAGGUUAAGAUUGAUGACAUAUAUUGUAUUGUCAGUAACGUGACAUCUACAAAGAUCACGUGUGAGGUUCCUCCUCAUGCUGCUGGUAUUUACACCAUCGAGGCUUCGGUUUUUAACCUUGGAAAAGCCGCCUCAGAAACAACCUUUCAAUAUAUUCUUACUGUUUCUGGUAGUUCCCCAGCAGACGGAAGUUUCGCUGGAGGAAAGAUGCUAAAUAUAACGGGUUCUGGUUUUGACGAAGAAAGAACAACUGUUAAAGUUUGCGGCAACAUAUGUAAAGUGACAUCGGGAACAUAUACCCACCUGCAGUGCCUAAUACCAGCUAACAAUGGGAUAGACACUUCAACAGUUAUUUGUGACAUCGAGGUUUCUGUUGAUAGUGGGUUAAGUGCAAUUUUGAAUGAUUCAUUCACCUACAAAUCUUCGCUAACGGCCAUCAUAAGCUCAGUGAACCCCACCAGAGGCGGUACUGGCGGAGGGACUGACAUCACUAUUACUGGUACCGGAUUCAGGUCUUCAGGAAAUGUGGUAACCAUUGAUGGCUCUGACUGUAUCAUUUCUACCGAAUCAAGCACCGUCAUCAAAUGCACAACGGAGGCUCAUCAAGGCUCAGUCAAAGCAAAGGUCAGAGUCGUGACGGACAAUGAAGACAACGUUGCAGCACAGGUAGGGCCAAAUAAAAAUAGAAUUUUGCGUCUUCAUAUUUCGUCUGAUGGAACAACACUUGAAGUAGACCCACCUCUUCAGUAUGAGCAUAUAGCAAUUGAACAGACUAUAAAUGGCGUGUUUUUAUCAACUAAAGCUGAAGUUGGACUUCUAACACAUAACGUAGUUGUUCGUGGUUCAGUGCAUGAUGAGUGGACAAAAACUAUUAAAGCUUGUGAGGCAGAAUUUGAUACAAAUCAAUUUGCAACUCAGACAUGUUUCCAAGGCCGAUUUGGUGAAGAGAUUGGUAGUGAUCAAUUUGGAUCACAGAUCAAGCUUUUUGGGAAAUAUAGAGAUCAGCAACUAGUAACGGGUCGUAUUGAGUAUGUGGAGGUUACCCAUGCAGGUCAAGCAUUCCGUCUUGGUCGUUAUCCAAUUCAUUUUCAUUUUAAUGGAGAUGUUAGCGGAUCAUAUGUUCGUGGUUGUGGUAUUCACCAUACAUUCAAUCGCGCAGUUACAAUUCAUUCCGUUGACAAUUUACUAGUGGAACACAACGUUGCCUUUGAUAUCAUGGGCCAUGCAUACUUUAUGGAAGAUGGUAUUGAAAUGGGAAACAUCAUACAGUACAAUCUAGGAAUCUUUGUGAAAAGUAGUUCCAGUCUCCUCAAUGUUGACAUCACUCCUGCGGCAUUCUGGAUCACCAAUCCAAACAACACCGUGAGACACAAUGCCGCUGCCGGUGGCUCGCAUUUUGGAUACUGGUACAACAUGCCAAACCAUCCUGGUGGGCCUUCAUUCACCACAUCCAUGUGUCCACGAAAAAUGGUGAUGGGUGAAUUUUACAAUAAUUCAGCUCACGCCCAGGGUUGGUAUGGACUCUGGGUUUUCCCUGAAUACCACCCAAUGGAGGGUGGUGGUUGUAAUUCAAAUACUCCAACUCAGGCAAAGUUCUAUGGUUUAACCGCUUGGAAAGUUGAACGUGGGGCAGAGUGCAUUGCAGUAGGAGGUGUUCAAUUUCAUGACUUUUUAAUUUCCGAUGCCGAUAAAGCAGGGAUUGAGUUUCAAGAAAUUGAUAGUGGUAUACCAUUUAAUAAUGAUGGGGCACUUGCAAAAGACUGCACAAUAAUUGGUUAUAGUUCUCUCUCUUUAGAAUCGGAAUGCACUUUAGCAGGAGUUCAAGCUCCAAAAAACUCGGGCCUGACCAUUGAUGGCGUUCACUUCAUCAAUUUUAAUAACGGACGCUGCUCAACCUUACGUGCUUGCGCCCAUUGUAAAGUUGAUCAAGGUGGCUUUCACACGCGAGUGAAAAAUCUGGUAUUUGAUAAUUCUCCAAAUAAGGUUGCAUUCCAGUGGCAACAUGAGCAUUGGUUUGAAGACUUAGACGGUACCUUAACUGGUUUCGCUAAUUAUAUUGUCCUACCUUACAAUCCUAACCUUCCAUCAGACCACUGUACAUCGGAUGUAUCUUACAGUGUAGGUUAUAAUGGUGUAUUCUGCGAUGAAACGGUAAGGCUACAUCGCAUGGCGUUCAACAGACCUCUGCCGUCCUCUCUUUUGUACAAAGAUGCACUGUUUACUAAUCAGCACGGGACCAGCUCUAUACCAUAUCGAAAAAAGCGUAUCACCCAUCCUGAAGGCUGGAUGAUUACGUUAGUAGAAGGUGACACAUACAACUUUGUGUUUGAGGACGUUGACCAGGUGACCAAUAUCACGUACUCAUCAGCUUUCUAUAACUUUAACAAUGGAGACUAUGUAAUUAUGAAUCAUGAUUUCACGCAGGCUCCAGAUGUUUUUGCAACAAUUGGUGUUGUCACAAAUAGCACAAAAGAGAUGGUGACGUACGAAAACAAUACAUAUGGUGAUUAUUAUUUUAAUAGAGAGAAUAAUAGCCUCUACUACCUGGUAUCUGGCAAAGACAUAAACACUGUAGAGGGUGAUACGUUAGCAAUCAAGCUCCAAGUAUAUAGAUGUUACUAUUUAAACUGCACUCCACCAGUUCCAGAUGUCACAGAUGUCCCACCACCAGAAAAUGUCACUGUCUUCCUCUGGUCUUCAACUGAAGCAUGGGAAGGUGUGGAAGAGGGAUGGGGUGGUAACCUUGGCAAUGGAUCCUUUGCCCCUCCAAAGGACGGUGAUGAUGUCGUAAUUUUACCAGGUCUAUGGAUAAUUGCUGAUGUUCUGCUCCCAUGGAUGAACCGGCUUUAUAUCUAUGGUGCCCUGGAAAUUGAAGAUAGUCAAGAUCAUUGUAUUAAUGCUACCUACAUUUUUAUUCAUGGAGGAGAAUUAAUUAUCGGAUGGGAGACCACUCCGUUUGAGCACCAACUAAACAUUUUUCUGAAUGGUAACCAUUUUACUGAAGACAUCCCUUUACCAAAUGGACCAAACAUGGGUUCUAAAGUUUUAGGUGUUUUUGGACGUUUGGAGAUGCAUGGGGUUUCACCUAAUAUUACAUGGACACACCUGAACAAGACUAUUAAUUCAGGUGACAACAUUAUCCAACUGGCAGAGUACGUUACCUGGGCAGCCGGAGAUAAAAUUGUUGUAGCGUCAACUUCUUACGAGGCAUGGGAGACAGAGACAUUCAUGAUAAUAGAAAUACUAGAUGGUCGUACAGUUCAUAUUAACGAGACAGCAAAAUAUAAACAUAUAGCUCACACCCAUACGCUUGAAGAUGGCUCACUCACUUACACUGAAGCCGCCGAGGUCGGCCUUUUAUCCAGAAACAUCAAGAUCAUCGGUGUCGACUAUAACCAAUCAUUCACAGAGUCAUUCGGGGCUAGAGUUCUAAUUGGCAAAUUUGAACAGGACGGUAUUGAAUAUAAAGGCUUUGCAAAAAUGUCGAAUGUGGAGUUCUAUCAUUCUGGACAGGAGGGUUGGACUGACUUCUACGAUCCACGAUACUCAGUUGCAUUCUUAGAUACCGGUGAGGUGACUGUGGCCAACCCGUCUUACGUGCGUAGUUGUACUUUCCAUAAUGGUUUCAGUCCGGCUAUUGGAAUCUUUGGAGCUUCUGGAAUCCUCAUUGAAGACAAUGUCAUCCAUCACACAGUUGGUGCAGGUAUCAUUGCAUGGGGCAGUGACCAUCAAAUUUUGCACAACCUUAUAACACUGACCGUGUUCCCUGGAACUUACCAAAACCGCUACAAUGAAGAAGAUAUCUCAUGGCCAGCCGGUAUCGAAAUUGAAAGUUCAAGGAAUGUCUUGCUAGCGAACAAUACAGUUGCAGGAUCAGAACGUGUACUAUACCACAUUAGCGGUGAGAACUGUGCUUCUAAAACUUUAUGGCAAAAUAACGAAGGUCACUCGUCCUUACAUGGUGUUUACCUGAUGGCUGGUGAUGGCCUAAGAGGCUGCACAAAGAUUGCAAAUUUCUUCAUUUGGAAGACCUGGGAUUAUGGCGUCUACUUUCAGAUUUCAAGUUCUGUCGUAAUGUCUGAGCUCAUUCUUGCAGACAAUAACAUCGGUGUCAUGCCUUUUGUCUUUGGACCUUCUGCGUUGAGUCACGUGGUAGCUGAAAAGUACGUCAGCAUAGAAAGGUCAUUUAUAAUUGGCUCAAGUCCACUCUUCGAUUGUGAUGAAUUACAGUCACAACCUGAGAACGCUGGACAAAGUGCGAAACAGCGGGCACCACGGGGUCCUGGCGGAGGAAAGGCUGGAUUUGUCUUAGCAAAUUUUAUGUCCGGUGCGAACGGUGCUCCAUUCAAACCAUUCCAUGAUAAUAUGAACUAUCCUGCCAUCGCCGGGGUCACUAAACUAGAUGAUGUAACAUUUGCUUAUUUUGGAUCGGCUUGUAAUGUGCAAAAUUAUUGCAUCAUGAGUAACCCGUCGAAUGAAGAUGGAAUACAUCCAAUGACAGCUAUUGGAACACACAUGGUGUCAGUAAAAUUCGACAACAGAGUGUUUAUACACAGGCCCAGUUUAGGAAAAGUGAAUCCAUCUGAUUGUGUUGACAUGACGUGUGAUGCGAAGCGUAAAGUCUUCAUCAAGGAUUUGGAUGGAGGAAUCCUUGGAAGUUCAGGAACAGUCAUACCGGACUCGGCAUUUGAGUGGGAUGGAGAUCCACGAUAUGGUCUUGGUGACUACAGGAUCCCUAAGAUGAUGGUAACCGAUAUUGAUGGUAGCAGAAUUCCUUAUGAUGAAAAAUGUCCACACAAAGGAAUAAUCGGAACAGAAAACUGCAUUUGGCGUCGUCCUUGGCAAGCUUAUGAAUGUCAUGAUUAUGAUUAUUAUAUGAUGAUAAUCGAAAGUAUGGAUCCUGACACGGAGGUACGUCGAUUAUCGCCCAUUGCUAUUACGUCUAACGGUUAUGUUGAUUUAAUCAAUGGACCACAGGAUCACGGUUGGUGCCAUGGCUACACAUGCCAAGAACGGAUCAGUACAUUUAUGGCUGUCGUUGCAUCAGGCCAAACGUAUGAGAUGUACAUGUCCGGUACAAACCCCCAGCAUAUUCGGCUUCAUCUUCUGAAUACUAGACCAGAUCAGAAGGUCGUGGUUGGUAUCUGGUAUGCCAACCCACAACGCUUGGAUGUCUACCACCAAGGACGUUAUGUGAUGCCAAACAACGGUCAGAUGGAUGGAGACACGUUCACAUGGGUUGCAAAAGAUCCGAAUCUUCCAAAUGAUCAGUUCAACCCUACUCCAGACUCCAACAUUUAUGGGGAAAACUAUUUUGACCGUGAUUGGAAGAUACUAUGGGUACUUCUGCGUGGAAGUAAACCACUUGACAUUAUCACUUCUCCAGUUGUUAUGGUGACGGUUGGUGUAGCGCCAGUUGAUGUUGAUGAUUUCUAUGAAGAGAACCUUGUGUCUAAUCUUGCAAGUCUUCUUGGAAUAGAUGACUCGCAGAUCCGUGUAGUAGAUGUUGUCAGGGAAGGUGGUCGUCGACGAAGGUCCACAGAAAUUGAAGUUGAGAUUGAAAUUGGAGACACACCAUCGAUUACAUCAAAUCACACGCAAAAUCAAAACUUUUCAGGCAAUUCAACUGACUCCAAUUCCACUCUUGAUUAUGAUGCUCUUAUAAGUAUUCAGAUAGAGAUCGCCAAUGCAGCUCAGACUGGUAUGCUUUCAGAUGCUUUAGAAGUUGAAGUUACAUCUCUAGCAAUGACCGAUCCUGUUCCUCCAGCAAUAGACCAAACAGAUGGAUUGAGAGCAACAAAUGAAACUGGUGGUCCAAGUACAGGGAAUAAAACGUACGCCGAGCAGCAGGCUGAAGAGGAGGCGAAGGCGGCUAGUAAGCUUGGAGUUGAUGUUAUUUACCAAUUUCCAAGUAUAAUGAACAUAAUUGUACAGCCAGCAAAUGCUUCUGAAGGCCAACCGUUUGUAGUCCAACCUCGUAUAUGCGUCCUAGACAGCAAUGGUGCAGUAGUAGCGAACCUAGGUCAUUCUUCACACCCGUGGAAGAUGCAAGCGUCACUCCAAGAAGGAACAAGGACAUCUGGUGGACAACUGGUUGGCAACACUACUACAGAUGUUAUCUUUGGCUGCGCUAACUUCACUGAUCUGACCAUUGAUCUUCCUGGAACACAAUACAUCUUAGACUUUAGUAUCUUUUAUCCUAACGAGUCAACUCUUGAAAUGGUCAGCACAGUCGGGUUUCCUGUCAAAGAAAGCAUGUACAAUAUUGUAAUCAGUUCUCAGCCAACAGGUUCCGUGAAAAUUCUAGAAAAGUUUGAUGUUCAGUUUGAUCUUGUUGACGUUUUUACAAUGGCCAAUGCAAAAGGUCUCGUUGCUAAGGGUUAUAAUUGGACAGCGACUGUCAGUUUGUAUAUGCCAUCAAAUUACAUUGGUCGUCUGGAAGGUGACACAUCUGUUGAGGUGGACCUUAAGUCAGCACAGGGUGUCUUUUACAAUUUAUCCGUUGAUGCUGCUGGCUUCCAGUACGUCCUAGAAGUAGAUGUGGUCACAGUUCCAUCAAGCACGUACCACCUGUCCCAGAAAUUGGUUUCAUUUGAUGUGACUAAUGGUGUCAGCUAUACUGGUAACCCGGUCAAAGUAGCAUUGCGUUUUCUAGCAGAUUAUGCAACGGUUGCUGCUGGCAAGGAAAAAUAUCUUGAGAUUAAUUUCAUAAAUAAUUUUGCCAUUUCGUACCCCAGCGUAACCAUUACUAAUGUGGAUAUAUAUGAAGGUUCAAUCAUGAUUGUUUUCAAAAUGGCUGGUGAUACUGACAACACCAAGGAUGCUAUCUACUCUGACCUCACGGCUGGUCGUAUUGCGUUGACAUUCAAUGGACAGAUUCUUGAAGCGGAUACCAGUUAUAUGCUUGUUGAUGGUGAACAUUAUGGUCUAAAUCCCAAUCCAUCUCUUUUCCCUGGAUGGGCAAUUGCCUUGGUUGUAGUCAUAACGAUCAUCAUUAUCAUCGUGACCCUGGCUGUGAUCAAGAUCCUCUUCAAUUCUAAUAAUAAAGUAUCAAAAAUGGAGACAAUGGAAUUGACGGAGAAAGAAAAUGUGAUUAAGAUCUCAGGCUAUACUGACGAGGAUGAAGAAUUAGACAUGGCCAGUGUCGCUAUUUCUAAACUACCUUUGAAUUCACAAAGCGAGUUAAAGAUUCUUGAUGGAACUAAGUCAUCCCUUUCUUCAUGCAGUCGCAGUAAAUCACGUGGUUUCAACACGCCAUCGAGGUCACCAGAGAUAAAAGUGACUGCACUACCCCCUGGUUUUGCUGAUGUUUCACAUGAACAAGUAUUGGAAGACCGUGCCAACAUGUAUGUUAUGCUCUUCAGUCCUGAUAACAAUAACUUCACAAAAGUCGGUGUACUGUCAGCAAACUUAGUUGGAACCCUCGGUGAUUUACGUAAAGACAUUAAAAAAGAACUAGGCUACAAGCUUCCGGAACAACCGUUCGCUCUGCUGAAUGAGAGUUUGCAAGACAUCGACGGCGCAUGUGAGAAGAGGAAGAAAGUCCAUGAGACAUAUGCGUCCGAUAGUGUUCUUAUUCGCUGCAUUGCAGGAAGCGAUAUGUACAAGCUAUGUGUCUGUGGUUUGGUGGGCCAGUUUGAGUGCUCUCUUUGCCACAGUCAGACGUACUGUUGUCCUAACUGCCAGUCUUCUGAUUGGCCGAGCCACAUUAAAUUGUGUAGUGGAAUGCGCAAAAAUGAAGAUAACCAAUGCGACUAAUAUAUCCAUACCAGUUAAAAAUGUGCACAAAAACUUUUAGCCUUUCAUAGAUGUUAACCAUCACAACGUAUCGCUAAUACAUUAUUAUAUCCAUAGAGCACUUAUCAAGCAUGCUUGUAGGUCGUGCACAGGUCGUUUCCAUUUUUAAUUUGAUUAUUAGGUUGUAUUGUUUUCUUCCUUUAGGAGCAUUCCAUUAUUUGCUAACAAUGUAGAUAAUAUAACAUUUGAACACAUUUCCUAUUAAAAUAUGUUAUUUGUAGGCUAAGAUUUAGUACAAUUUUGUUAAGAUACAAAUAUUUCUAUUUUUUUUUAUUUGAAUAAAUAAAUAAUUGAUAACGGACUUAAUUAUUCGUUCACUAAUCUGAAAUUGCAAGGAAAAAGUAGAGGUUGAAUAAAGCAAGGUAGUUGACAUAAACAUAAUGUUCAAUCACUUGCACAUUAGAAAUAUAUAAAAACGAGACCCCCGAUGAAUAUUCACAUCAGAAAUGUAUAAAAACGAGACCCCCGAUGAAUAUUCACAUGGGUCUAACAUUCUUUUUUGAACAUUGUGACUUCCAUAUAUUAUUUUAAUGGAUGACAUGAAAAUGUAAUGGAAAAUAAUUCACUUUGGAAUUUGAUCACAAUAUAAAAAAAAAAUAAAAUGCUUUAAAAUCUGCAGCCAGUAGCAUUUGUUUACUAAUCUGAAAUUGCAAGGAAAAAGUAGAGGUUGAAUA